UGGGUGUCUGUAUUUGCAAGCGAAGUUGAAAUUAGGCGUAAAACAAAGAAAAGAGGGAAGCUAAUUCCUCUGCUCUCCUCUGUUUGAUUGUGCAAGUAUUAUCGAGUGCUUCCAUUUCCCCCCACUCCCCCUUCUCUACUCUCCCCGCUUCUCUGAGUUCCCUUUCUUUUUUCUUCUUUCAUUUUGGUUUUGCCAUUUUGUGUUAUAGACCCACAAGGCUGCUGCUCCUUUGAAUGAAACUCGGGUGAUUCGGAAUAUAGAUCAACUUUCUCUUUUUUCUUCGUAAAUAUUUUUGGUUUUUGUUUUCUGCUUUGAUCCACUUGGAGGGUGUUUUUGAAGUCCCUCAGGUUGGUUUUAGGAAGGUUUAGAACUUUGUUAUCUUUGGAUCUUGUAUUGGGUUACUGAAGUUUCUUGACAACAAUCAUGGCUGCAGCUAUAGAUGUUUAUACUGGUAUUUCAACGCAGGUUUACUGUUCGGAUCCUUUUAGCGAGGAAUUAAUGAAGGCACUUCAACCUUUUAUGAAAAGUGCUGUUUCAACCUCCUACUCUUCUUCUUCUUCUUCUUCUGUUUCUUGUCAGCCAAUAUUAAGCACUGAUGUUUGCUCACCGUCGAGCACCUGCUUGUUUUCUCAAGGCUUCUCGGGAAUUGAGCAGAUGGGUAUUGAGCAAUCAGGUCCAAUCGGCCUAAACAAUCUUACCCCUUCUCAGAUAUGCCAAAUUCAAGCUCAAAUCCAGCUACCCCAACAAACCAUGUCUUCCCUCUCUUCUUCUUCUUCUUCUUUCCAGUCUCAAUAUUGUAACUUCCUUGCCCCCAAAUCCAUCCCCAUGAAGCUCAUUGGCUCUCCAUCUAAGCCCACUAAACUCUACAGGGGAGUCCGGCAGCGGCACUGGGGAAAAUGGGUGGCAGAAAUCAGACUCCCAAAGAACCGAACCAGGCUCUGGCUUGGGACCUUCGACACGUCCGAGGAGGCUGCUUUAGCCUAUGAUAAAGCUGCUUACAAGCUCCGUGGGGAGUUUGCCAGGCUCAAUUUCCCACAUCUCAAACACCAAUUCGGAGAAUUCAAACCUCUUCACCCUUCUGUGGACGCGAAACUUCAAGCAAUUUGUGAGAGCUUGAAACAGGGGAAAACAGAGAAGCUCUGUUCUGCUGAGGAUGAAAAGGCAAACACCAGUCCACCUCCAUCGGAGUCAAACUUAGUGGUUGACAAUUAUUGGGAACCGGAAUUGAAAAGCGAAGUGGAGACCUCAUCCUCAUCCUCAUCCUCAUUCUCAUCCUCAUCUCCUUCACGGUCUGAAGAAUUGUCCACCGGAUCAUCCCCUGAAUCAAGUAUCAGCUUCUUGGAUUUUUCAGAUUCCCAAUGGGGUGAAGGAGAAGCAUUUUGUUUGGAGAAGUUUCCUUCUGUGGAAAUUGACUGGGCAGCUCUGAGUCAAAUGGUCGAAUCGGAGUGUUAAUUAGUAAUGUUGUGUAGUUUGUUGCAAAGAUUCUGCAAUGAAAUUUUAGGCAUUUGCAGAGGUCUGGUGUUAGUGAAAGAUUAGGGUGGUGAGUCAAUGAAAAGAGUCUGUUUUCAAGGGAGAUGCAGUUUGUCUGUAAUGGGUUCUAUAUGGUCCAUUGUGGUCUGCAGGUUCUUUUUUCUUCCCUUGCAUGGCCAUCUUAUUUACUCCUACAUUUUGUUCCAAGUUAAUGUAAUUAAGCAGUCUGUGUGUUUUAGUACAUAUGAAGCUCUUCUUUAUCAAUCUAA